AUGAAAUUUUGCCCCCGCGAUAAGGCCAUUGCGGCCGCGAAAAAUGCAAUGCGGCAACGGUCCAAACUUCAGAGAUUUUGGAGUGUUUGGCGCCAAAUUGAGGAUUUGGGCAUAAGCUUAGACCGGAAAGUAGACCGUGAAGCAAGUUGGCCGAGAUUCCACGCUGAGCUGCUCCUUUCCGGUGCCGUUCAACAGCAUGAUGGAAUGGUGAGGACUCGUGCUACCGGUCAAGAGGGAAAACCACCAGCUCAGGCCGCGAGAGCACGAGGCCGCGGUAGAGGCCGUGGUAGGGGCAGAGACAUCGCCAGCACAGCAGCUGGGGCAGCACCUAGUGAUCCCCCAGUUGUCCCCGCUCAGGACCAGGUCCCCGAGGUAGAUGUUCCGGCGGGACCAGCUCAGGCGGUCUCAGUUACUACGACCGCAUCUACUUCUAAGGCUGGGGGAGGCACCCAGACUCCCGCCGCCCGCACACCUGAGCAGCGGAGUACUCGGCCGGCGGCACCAGCACCAGUUCCUCCAACACCCGCCCAGCCAGCUAGGGGUAGAGUUCAGCUAGCUAGGGGCGGAGCCCAGUUAGCUAUGGGUCGCCCGAGAGGGGGAGGCAGAUCAGGGGGUGGUCAGGCCCGUUUCUAUGCCCUCCCAGCUAGACCAAAUGCUAUUGCUUCAGAUGCUGUUUGGAUCCGUAGUAGUGUUGGAGUGAAAUGA